AUGUCACUGUCAUCAGAUAUCGAACAAGGUCACAUUCACACCGCCAAAGUCAGCCAAAGUGGUGGUAAGACCGCUUUCAAGGAUUAUUUAGGAAAAUUUGCCGAUGUUGAGGAUCCAUUGGAAAGAAGAAGAUUGGCUUUGGAAGAGAUUGACAAAGCCGGAUUUGGAUGGACUCAAGUGAAAAUGAUUAUGAUUGCUGGUGUUGGUUUCAUGACCGAUUCUUAUGAUAUUUUCGCCAUUAACUUGUCGGUUAAUUUCUUGCAAUGGGUUUACUGGAACGGUACUAUCCCAGAUUCUACAAACACAUUGAUCAAGGUUGCUACAUCUGUUGGAACUGUUAUUGGUCAAGUUGGAUUCGGAACAGUUGCCGAUAUUGUUGGUCGUAAAAAGAUUUACGGUUUGGAAUUGGCAAUUAUGAUUUUUGCUACCAUUGCUCAAGUUGUGCUUGGUGAGUCUCCAGCUAUCAACUUUGUUGCCAUUUUCUCCAGUUUGAGAAUAUUGAUGGGUAUUGGUAUUGGAGGUGAUUAUCCAUUGUCAUCCAUUAUUUCGUCUGAGUUCUCCACUACCAAAUGGAGAGGUGCCAUUAUGGCAGCUGUGUUUUCCAACCAAGGUUUAGGUCAAAUCUUUGCCGGUGUCGUAGCCAUGAUUUGCGUUGCCGGUUACAAGAACGACUUGAUUGAUUACACAAAAGACACUGGAUGCCAUGGGCCAUGUGUUAAAGCAUGCGACCAAAUGUGGCGUAUCGUUAUUGGGUUUGGGUGUGUUCCAGGAUGCAUUGCAUUGUACUAUCGUUUGACCAUUGCCGAGUCACCUAGGUACACCCUUGAUAUGGACGAGGAAGGAAACUUGAAGAAGCCCGCUAAUGCAGAGGUGGAAGAUUUGAAUGAAGUCCAAAUUGAAGUCCCAAAAGCUUCUUUUAAAGAUUUCGUCAGACAUUUCGGCCAAUGGAAAUAUGGUAAAAUAUUGCUUGGUACUGCAGGUAGUUGGUUCAUGUUGGAUGUCGCUUACUAUGGUCUCGGUUUAAACACAACAACAAUCCUUCAGGCCAUUGGAUACGCCGGUGACAAUAACAUAUACUGGAACUUUUACAACUCCGCGGCCGGUAACCUUAUUUUAGUUUGUGCCGGUUCGCUUCCAGGAUAUUGGUUUGCCGCAGCUACCAUCGACACAGUUGGUAGAAAACCACUUCAAAUAAUUGGUUUCAUUAUCUUGACAAUCAUUCUUUGUAUCAUGGGUUUCGGUUACCACAAGAUUGGAGAAAAAGGAUUAUUAGCUUGCUUCGUUUUAGCUCAGUUUUUUGAAAACUUUGGUCCAAACACUACUACUUUCGUUGUUCCUGGUGAGUCGUUCCCAACCAGGUACAGGAGUACAGCCCACGGUCUCUCUGCCGCUAGUGGUAAAGUUGGUGCUAUCAUUGCCCAAACAUGUAUCGGAACCCUUCAAAAUCACAAUUGUGCAAGAGAUGGUAAAAAGAAGGGUUGUUGGUUGAAUCAUGUGCUUGAAAUAUUUGCCCUUUUCAUGUUGUUGGGAGUUUUCACAAGUUUGUUGAUUCCUGAAACCAAGAGAAAGACAUUGGAAGAGAUUUGUGAGAAAUACCACGAUGAAGUUGACCUCACUACGGUUGCCAGAGAUAGGUUUGUAAAAGAAGAACCACAAGAAUAUGACUCGGAUUUGAAACAAUAA